AUGCAGUUGGUGCGGUACCCUGGUGGCUGCAGCGCAUGCGGCAAAGGUUUGACGAGGAAGGGGGUUGUCAAUGCUAGAGUCCUGGACGUCACCGGUUGGCGCUCAGUUCAGCAUGAAACCCGAAGAUGUCGGAACUUCGAGUGCCCGCUGAACUAUGCGACUGUCGCAUACAACUUUGUUUGCACUGAUAAGCAAUAUGUCUUCUCGUGGGAGCAGGAGGAGAACAUGGAAUUUUUUUUCCUGACCGCUUCUUUCGGCGUGACGAUAGGCUGGCUGCGGCAAUUCAGCCGCCGUUUGAUGUACCACUGGGCUUCGUUUGCCGGAGAGGCCCAAAUUCACCUGUUGGAAGCGAUUGGCUUGGGCAAGAAGGACAUCGUGCCAGCGAAGGCGAAGGCGAAACUGCUUCGGGCGUGGAUGCUGUGGCGCUUGGUUAUCCGAUGGAGGGAGCACGCUGCAGCAAGCGACGGCCGAGUCGAAGCACGUGUAGACCUGUCGAAGUUGUUGCCCACCCUCUUGGCCGAAGCGUGGUCGUGGUACCCUGGGCACAUGCUCAAGCGCAGAGUGGACCAUGCCCGCGGGAAGCAACUGGACAUGUCCACCGUCGUCAUGGACGGAAAUGCAAAGCUGUCAGGGCGAGUGUGUGGGCGCCCAGCUGCAGAAAUCAUAGAAAACAAAGCCUUGAACAUGUUCACGGUGACGUGCUGCAGUGCCGAGCCACAAUUCAAGAAGCGGCGAUGUGCGAAGCACGAUACCAGUCACGCACCAGCCGAUCGCUUUCCCGCGCAGAGCGAAGUCAUCACAGCCCACCGUCGUGUUCGAACAGCAGGACAAGGUGAGCCGUACGAUGUCUUCCUGAAGCCAAAGGAUGCCCCAGAGCUCGGAGGCCGCUGGACCAAUGCGUCCUUGGUGACUGUCACGCAGCUCCACGAGUACUGGCGAGGUUUGGAAGCUUCUGGCUUCGUGCCAGAGAAGUCGGCAGCAGAGGAUCUGGCGGCAAGCAGCUGCCGCACCCACAAAGAGAUGCAGCAUGCCAACAAGGCACAGAAAGCUCAAGUGAAAUUUGGCAGCAUGAAGGCUGGUCGCCGCUGCGGUUUCUUGUUCGCGACGACACCAUGCGGGCAUAUUCUGCAUGUAAAGCCUUACGUCGGCGCAGAAUCGCUGUCACAGAGAUACUUUUUCAUUGGCGAGUUGGUGCAAGCUGUAGAUGACAUCCGCAUUCUUAUUCAUGACGAUAGCUGUCACCUGCGGCGAUAUGCCGAGAAGCAUGGGGACCGGACCGCGCUUGCGUCGCGUCUGAGACAUCCAAACAUUCGGUACAUUAUAGACCGGAUGCAUGCCAAGGCCCACACGGACGCUUGGUGUCUCCGGGAAUGCCACCCAGAUGCCGAGCACAACAAACCAAUCGUGGAGAAUGUAAACACGUCUGCAGCAGAGCGCUUGAACAGCUUGAUGUCGAGACAUCGACAUGUGGUUCGCUGCAUCCGGUCCGGUCUCAUGCGAGACUUCUUCGUUCAGGAGAUAGCCGAUUCGCGCAACAGGGUCGCUGGCGCGGGAGAGCCAGCUGCAGAUGAGGCGGAUGGGACUGGAGCGGCGGCGGAACGGCCAGCACCGCCAAGGCACGGCGGCAGUGCCAGCAGCUCCAUCGUUGAAGCGGCGGAGGAACUCAAGUUGUCAUUGACGUGGAGCUGCGACCUGUCCAUUCGGGUGCCUGAAGUCGAGUGGGCUAGCCCAGAAGGCAUAAGCUCAGAAGCCAUAGGCAUGGCAUCGGAGGCAAUGCGUCAAGCCUGGGACUAUGUGGAUGCGCACUUUGAGGAGAAGGAGCUGUUCGGAGAGCAGGGUGGGGACAUGAUCGCACGGCUGAGCGCUCAGGUCUGUGCCCACCCUUUUCCUUAUGGCAUGGCGCUCCAGACGGCCUUGUUGGGCUGCGCCAACGGGGCCCUGGUGCGUUGCUUCCCCGGAGACCCGUUACCUGCUUCACUUGUGUGCCUCGUGGUAAACCCACCUCAAACCAGGAAAAGUGGUAUGACGAAUGUGAUGAACAAGGUAGGCAAAGCCGUUGACAGUGUUCUUGCCGAGCGGGCUGCAGGGACGGGCUCUCAGCCGAAAAGUGUCGUUUUGACUACUUUCACAGAAGCAGCCUUUUUCCAGAGAUGUAGUGCAGACAGGGACCGUCUGUACUAUAGCGUGUUGCUAUCCUUGGACGAAAGCUACCGCUUCUUGAAGAUGUUGGGACUGAUGACAGGGUCGUCAAGUGGCAAGGAACAUGCAGGAACGCCCACCGAUGGUGCUUCGCAGUGGAACGCUUUGCUGCAGACAGGUCACAGUAGCAUGUCAUGCAAGACUGGGGUGAGCUACGAGUCUCGCAACGCCACAUGCAAUGUGGUUGGUGUAGGCAACCUGCACGCCGCUCCCUUCAUCAGCUUGGCGAGUGGGCAGGUGGUUCGCGAAUACGACCUCCCUGGCCACCGCCCGAACUGCAUCAAUGUGGACUGGAAGACCAUGACGGCCUGCACCGGUGCCGACGAUGGGAAGGUGAUGUUUUGGGAUUUGGAAACUGGUGACGUGUCGCAGACGAUCGAUUGCGAGCACUUCCUCACGCAAUCCCUGGACAUUUGCUGGUCCCGCGGCUUGCUCCUGACUGGAUCGUUCGACUACCAGUUCAAGCUGUGGGAUGUGAAGUCUGGCACGCUGCUGAAGCGAUUCAUCGAGCCCACGCGUUGCCUUACACGCGUCUUCUUGCAGUGA